UUCUCUCUCCCCUCCCCCCAUCUUUCAAACCUACUCCUCACCUUUCUUUCCCCAGUCCUGCCGAAGGGUCUCGGCCCGAAACGUCGACAGUACUUUUUUUCCCACUUUUGUGCCACAGGGAUCAGCGCUGGGUCCAUUGUUAUUUGUCGUCUAUAUCAAUGAUCUGGAUGACAAUGUGGCAAAUUGUAUCUGCAAGUUUGCUGAUGAUACAAAGAUUGGCGGUGUUGAGUUUAAUGCAGACAAGUGUGAGGUAUUGCACUUUGGAAGGACAAAGCAAGGUAGAACAUACAAAGUAAAUGGUAGGACACUGAGGAGUGCAGUAGAACAGAGGGAUCUGGGAAUACAGAAACAUAAUUCCCUAAAAGUGGCGUCACAGGUAGAUAGGGUCAUAAAGAGAGCUUUUGGUAUAUUGGCCUUUAUAUAUCAAAGUAUUGAGUAUAAGAGUUGGAAUGUUAUGGUGAGGUUGUAUAAGACAUUGGUGAGGCCAAAUUUGGAAUAUUGUGUGCAGUUUUGGUCACCGAAUUACAGGAGGGAUAUUAAUAAGGUUGAAAGAGUGCAGAGAAGGUUUACAAGGAUGUUGCCAGGACUUGAGAAACUUGAGUUACAGAGAAAGGUUGAAUAGGUUAGGACUUUAUUCCCUGGAGCGUAGGAGAAUGAGGGGUGAUUUGAUAGAGGUGUAUAAAAUUAUGAUGGGUAUGGAUAGAGUGAAUGCAAGCAGGCUUUUUCCACUGAGGCUAGGGGAGAAAAAAAAACCAGAGGACAUGGGUUAAGGGUGAAGGGGAAAAAGUUUAAAGGGAACACACAGAGAGUGGUGGGAGUGUGGAAUGAGCUGCCAGAUGAAGUGGUAAAUGCGGGCUCACUUUUAACAUUUAAGAAAAACUUGGACAGGUACAUGGAUGAGAGGGGUUUGGAGGGGUAUGGGCCAGGUACAGGUCAGUGGGACUAGGCAGAAAAAUGGUUCAGCACAGCCAAGAAAGGCCGAAAGGCCUGUUUCUGUGCUGUAAUGUUCUAUGGUUCUAUGCUGCCUGCAUUUUCUCCAGCAUUUUCUGUGUGUUGCCUGUGUUUAAGAGGGGAGUGUCUGGGAUGAGGACUACACUCCUGACAGGAAAGGCUCACACAGGGUUAAUCCCUGACUGAAGCCCUGCCCAACGAUUAAAGUUAUAAAAUAACAGGUGGCGAAACCAUUCACCUGUUAUCUGCAGUGCACUUCCUACUCGUGGCAGAACUCAACCUCCCAGCUCGCGAGAAAAGGCACCUGACAUUAAAGGACUAAAGGACAGCUGUGAGAGGAGGCACCCAGAGCAGAGGAAGAAAUAUUCCAACACCAACUUCAUAAUGGACGAUCACUCCCAGUACUACGUGAAUCACCUGACCACCUUUCCCCUGGGUCCUGGCGAGGAGACCCAGACUGUGGAAGAGUCCAUUAAGAAGCUGAAGAGCUUAGACAGCAAGGGAAGGAUCUGGACACAGGAAAUGUUGCUGCAAGUCAACACAUCGGCCGUCAGCCUGGUGGACAUCGAGUCCAAGGAUGAGCUGGAGACAUACCCGCUGAUGGCUAUUCAACAUUGUGACUCUCUGCUGAACAACUGGCGAUACAAUUCCAUUCUCAUCCUGAUCUGCAAGGAGGCUGACCAAGCCAAGCCCGAUAUCCACUUCUUCCAGUGCUCUGAGGUCGGGGCUGACCUGAUUAAGUCCGACAUCAACAGUGCGAUCACGGACAUGAGGAGCGGAAGGACGGAGAGGCCAAACGCCCUCAGAGUGAACAAAGAGAGGAUGAAUGAACAAGAAAAACUGCCUCCCUCGCCUCCAAUGAAGACCGCUCCCAAAGCUCCAAUAACCUACAACCCCACCAACAAGUUCCAAGGCUCCUUUUCUGCUCCACCAUUGCCGAUUGCCACUUCGGGUGUGGCUGUUACAGAAUUGAACGGAGCUGGCAAGGGUGCUGCGGACAUGACAGAGCAGAGAACGGCGCGCGAUGUGAUGAUCUUGAACCACACCUUCGACGAUAUCGAGGGCUUCAUGGCGAGGCUGCAGAAAACAGCUGAAGCGUUCAAGAUUCUGGACCAAAGGAAGAAGAGCAGAAUGGGCCGGAAGAAGAGCCCAAAGGAAAGUGGAGAGGGACUCCUGACACUGCGAGCCCGACCGCCAAGCCAAGAGGAGUUUAUCGAAAUCUUUCAAAAAUACAAGUACUCCUUCAGCCUUCUGGCACGAGUGAGGAACCACAUCGUCAACCCCAGCGCCACUGAGCUCAUCCACUUCCUGUUUGGACCGCUGGACAUGAUGGUACAGGCCACGGGUCUGGACAUCGCCAAGGCAGUGGCUACCCCGUUCCUGACCAAUGAUGCUGUCCAUCUCCUGAGCAUGACACUGACCGAGGCAGAGACGGCGCAGUGGCAGUCGCUGGGCGAGUACUGGACGAAGCCGAGGCUGGAGUGGCCCCCCGAGCACUGGGGAAGCCCCUACAACAUCCAGUUCCGGUCGGGCUGGACCCCUGAUGACCUUGACCCAAACGGGUUCCCGUGGGAGGAUCCCGUGGAGCUGCAGCAUAAGCAUGAGUUUCUCCGGAUGCAGCAAUCCGGCCCUCAGACCAUCCCCGUUAAACAGACCAAUGGGACCCACGAGGCUCCAGUGAAGAGGAUGAGGUGUAGCUAUGACUUCGUGGCUCGGAACAGCAGUGAACUCUCGGUGUUGAGUGGAGAACUGGUGGAGGUGUUGGACGACUCCAAACGGUGGUGGAGGGUGAUGAACCAGAGUGGCCAAAUCGGAUACAUCCCCUUCAACAUUUUGGAGCCUGUCCCCGCUCAGGACACAGUAGAUAACUCCGGUCUAUAUGCACAGGUAGCCCCCAAGGGCAGCCGACAUAAAGAUAAGGUCACCCCACCUCCGGCGCCCCAGAAGAAGGUGGCGCCGCCCGACAGCACUCCAGCGUUCUCAGACCACGAGACCAUCGGGAUGACACAGAAGGAGAAAGAGCGUCACUCGCAGAUUAACGUAAUGAAUGAAGAGCUCCUGCUGAGAAUAGCGAACGGGCGCACGUCGCAACCCAAGACCUUCCACGUACAGAAGACGCUCGACACCUCUGUACCCCUGGAUUACAGUUCCUCUCCGAGUGAAGUCAAGACUUGGCUGGAGGCGAAAGGCUUUAACCAGAUGACGGUGAAGUCUCUCGGGAUCCUGACCGGAGCUCAGCUUUUCUCUCUUGAGAAGGAAGAAUUGAGAUCAGUAAGUCCAGAGGAAGGAGCAAGAGUCUACAGCCAGAUCAUGGUCCAAAAAUCACUGCUUGAGGAAAAUCGGAGUAUUACAGAGCUGGAAGCCAUAAUGGCGAAACAGAAGAAAAAAGUGGAUUCUGAAAUAAAAAUGUCCACUUUGUGAGCAGUGGGCCGCAAAGACUUGAUUUUUCAGGCAUCUCUUCAGACAGCAUGAUUAGACAUGCAGCUGUGCCACGUUAGUACUAUAGGCCCCUUAUUACCCAGAGAUACUGUACAUAGGACAAUGACUUCCAAUUCCGUAUUUAUUGUCUUCGAUGAGAAAAAGCCAUUUUGGGGGAUGAAAUUCUAUGGAUUUAAAAUUGACCUCAGUGGAAGUAGAAGAUGGCUGCCUCUGUUUUAAAAGGAAAGGUUGAAGAUUUGGGUUCUGAGGAAGGUGGAACAGCGAGCGGGUUUGAACAAAAGGAACUGAUGUUUUUCCGCACACGCAAGUCCUGAUGAAGGGUCUCGGCAUGAAGGUGUAGACCUUUUAUUCUCCUCCAUAGAUGCUGCCUCACCUGCUCCGUUCCUCCGCUGUUUGGUGCACGUUACACUGGACUUUCUGCAUCUACAGAAUCUCUCGCCUUUCUGAUAUUUUUUUCACAAGCAUUCCUUUAGCCAAAGGAUUGAGCAAUUGGACCACUUUGUCCUCAUUUGGCUGACAAGAGCCCGUAAAUCUCUUAACUGGAGAACCACUGGAGGAAGACAAUGAGAGAACAGCUUCUCAAAACACAGCAAGGAGAAAACCAGGAGAAUGAUUUAUGCAAUAGCUUUUUGAUAAAACUUGGAUAUUUUAUUCAGUUAAUUGUUUCGAUGCUUGUACAAACAACUGUUGUCCGACUCUUGCCCGAAGCUUUUCAGACAAGGCCGAGGUGAUUUCCUGACGGUUCCUGUUCUGAACAACCAAGGUGAAGAGUGUUCUGCACCGUUGUGAGUACAGGCGGUUCUCAGCAGCACGGGCUGCCAUUACCCCAGAACCAUUGCAUGUGCUCAGGGUGUGGGUAUGCAGGAGAUAACUCCUGACCAAUGUGACCAUUUGAGAGCUUCCAGAGCAGGACAAUACGUGUGCAGACCUGUCAGGAGCGAAAUCUCACCCUCCUGUCCACAAAGUCCAUAACUUCUCCAGCAAAUCGGUGUGAGCUCCCCUCCCCACCUUCCCCCCACGCACCUCCUUCACCCAUUUUCUACAGGGUUUGACAGGGCUCUGUGAUUGCAUGCCACAUUGCCACGGUGGUCUACAUCACUGAGGAGUGUAUUGCUUGGUGUUUGGAAACGUUGGUCUCUUGGCCUAGCAACAAUGAUGUCCUCUACUGCUUGGUGGCAGAUGUGGCAUAGAGUCAUAGAGCACUAAAGCACAGAAACAGACCCUUUGGCCCAUUUAGUCCAUGCUGAACUGCUAUUCUGCUUAGCCCAUCAACCCACACCUGGACCAUAGCCCUCCAUACCUCCCCAUCCAUGUACUUAACCAAAAUUCUCAACAGUUUUGCAAUCAAACCUGCUUCCCCCAUUUCUGCUAGCAACCCAUUCCACAUUCUCACCACCUUCUGAGAGAAAUUUCCCCUUAAAUGUAAACAAGAGAAAAUCUGCAGAUGCUGGAAAUCCGAGCAACACUCACAAAACACUGAAGGGUCGCGGCCCGAAACGUUGACUGUUUACUCUUUUCCAUAGGUGCAGCCUGGCCUGCUGAGUUCCUCCAGCAUUGUGUGUGUGUGUUCCCCUUAAACAUUUCACCUUUCACCUUUCACCCUCAAUCCAGGACCUCUAGUUCUAGUCUCCCCUAACGUCAGUGGGAAUAGUCUGCUUACAGUUACCUUAUGUACACCUCAAAUUUUGUAUUCCUCUAUUAAAUCACCCCUCGUUUUCCUGCGCUCCAGGGAAUAAAGUCUCUGCGACAUAAGCUCAAGUCCUCAAGACCUGGCAACAUCCUUGUUAAUUUUCCCCGAGCUCUUUUAGCCUUAUUGACAGCUGUAAGUGACCAGAUCUGGAUACAAUGCUCUGAAUUUGAACUCGCCAGCGUCUUGUACAACUUCAACACAACAUCCCAGUUCCUGUACUCAAAACGCCGGUUUAUGAAGGCCAAAAAGCUCUCUUUACAAUCCUGUCUACCUGUGACACCACUCUCAAAGAAUUAUUGAUCUGUAUUUUCGGAUCCCUCUGUUCUACCACACUCCUCAGUGGCCAGCUGUGGGCAGAUGUGCUGUACUGUGGGUCGUUCAUCCGAGACUCACCAAAACUGAACCAUAAAAGGUGAGGGAGAGGGUCAUCUCACAGCAGGGACCAGUUGCCUCCCCCAAGGGAGUGGGGAAUUGCUCAGCAGUCCCUCCCACGCUGCAAUGGACACCUCUGCCUGUAGGGAGGGGGCAAAGACCGGAAAUCUAGGCGUGGGACACGUUCUGAAACACGGAGGUGGGCGUACGCAGCCACAAGGGCCGAGUUAGGUGGAGAUCUGGGAUUUUAGGGAUGGAAAUCGGAGAGAGAAAGAUUGAAUUUUCCUACAGAAUGGGGCAAGUCAGAAGGGGGCCACCUUCUUCACCAGCUCCCAGGUGACUGAGAUACUUUGUUUACUGUAUUUAUUAUAAACUCUUAAUUACUGUCGGAACGCAGUGGCGGGCAGUCACUCACCGUAAGAUGAGGUCUCUUUGCUUGCUACUCUGAGGCCUUCGCAACUGAAGAUCAGGGUGACCACUGGUGACAUUCAAUAGAUCGCCAAAAGUUUCUCCAAAUGCUGCUAAUUAUGUUUUCACUGUAGAGUUAGUAAAGUCAAUCUGGGUCAUAUACACUUUUCUGUGUAACGACAUUAAGCUCCCAAACACAGAAGUGUGCUGCCUUUAUCUUCACUUUAAUGGGUGUCCUGCAGUUCAUUCACUUUCCUGCUCUGGGCGAUGAAACAAUAUUGUAGUAAUGUAUAUAAAUCAUGUAGUUAUAUAUAUUAUAUAAAAUCAGAUGUACAUAGUUGUCCUCCCAGCUAGCAGGAAUCACAGGGCUUAUCUUGGGACAACAUCGUGAUCUCUGGCAAGCUCCCUUUUGUUGAAUUUCUGUAAGAACUGCAUUUACAGACAUGUUCACGCAGCAGCUUAAAGAAUGAAUAAAUGCCCCAAAGGAAAAAACAUUGUAUCUGCCUCUUUAUAUGUUUUGACGCUACAGGUACAAGAGCAAAAAUAUACUUGGACUACCCCGUCCACUGUCCGCAUUCCCACUCAGUCCUCAGGGUUUCUGAUCUGUACCCAAGGAAUGUGGAUUCUUGAGUGGAAUCCAGGCCCCAUCUCCAAUAUUUUUAAAAAGAACCUCUGUCAACAGUACAUACAUGCAGAGCUGUGCAAACAUACAGAUAAGGCACAUAAGUCUUUUGCACAAUGCUGUAGUAAUUUUAUGUAUCGCACUGUACUGUAGUAAUAUUGCACUGUAUUGCCGUCACAAUAAAAAACAAAUUUCAUGA